CUUUUACCAUUUUUGUUAAAUCAUGAAGUCUACUACCUUGUUCAUGGUUUCUUGUGUUCUCAUAUUUUGUGUUCUUAGUCACGUGAGAGAGGUGAAAUCGGUGGAGACUAAGGCCAAGAGAGUGAAGAAGGUGUGCGAAAAGGCACAAGUAUUCGAACAAAAUUGUGGGUGGGACGGAAACAAAACUUGCAUAAGAGGCUUUAAUAAAAUCAAAGAAUACCCUUUUCAUUGCGAGUGUGGCAUUUAUGAUGCACCCAAUAGCAGACGUAUUUGCAAAUGUAAAUUUCCAUAUUCUCCUUGCUAAAUUUUCAUGUAGUUUUUUUUUAAAUGUUAAAAAAAAUUUCAUGUAGUUCCAGAACCAUAGUUUAUC